AUGGAUGCCCCGAAAAGCGGGACUGGCCUUAGCAUAGAAGAGCAAAUCCAGUUGCGGCGAAUUUUUCGAUUGCUAGCAUUUGAUACGCCUUUGCGACGACUAGAGCACAAGCUCGAGAAAUUGCCGGAAAAGCCACAAGCUAUUGGAAAACGAUGUAAACCGUUGGACAACAAUGCAAAGCGAGAUCGGUACGAGAAGGAGAAGCUUAAGUAUCUUGCCACGCUGCAAGACGAAGAGAAUCUUGGCAGGGAACUUGUCAGCUCGAAGUAUCGAAUCGACUUGAAGGCUCUGACGACUAUCUAUAAGCAACUCGGCUAUCCGCUUUCUGGGCAGGAACAGAGUCAUUUGGUAGAAAUGAUUUGGCAGGUGAAUGACAAACUAGAUGGUGCUAUUUGUUUCGACGAAUUUGUCAAUAGCUACGUGAGGUCGCGAAACGAUCGUUCAGGUCUUGAGCCAUCCGAGCUGUUCUUCCUUACAUCAUUUCUCAUGAUUGACAAAAAGUGUUGCGGCAGAAUUGCCUUGGACGAUGCAAUGGGAAUUCUUUACAAGAAAUAUGGUGAGAGUGUGGAUCGUGAGAUGGAACUUCACUUUGGCAAGCUUCUAGACAAUGAUGUUCACUCUGUCGAGUUCGUGGAGUUUCAAAACGCCACCUUGAAACGUUUAGGCGAGCUUAUCGACGAGCAUGCUCAUUUUGCUAGACCGGACAAGUUUUGCAAAAAGCUCUGA